AUGUCCGAGUUCGAACACUUUGUUGUCCUGGGUUCAGGCCGUCUAGGCGUGUUCAUCAUCCAGGAGCUGGUGGCGCUCAAGAAACAAGGGAAGAUCAAGUCGGUUGUGGUGUUUACCCGCUCUAACGACUCGCAUGAGAGAAUCCUGCAGCUCGGUGCCAAGCCUGUUAAUGUGAACUACUCGAACGCGGACCAGCUCGUCCACGCGCUCAAAGGCGUCGACUGUGUCGUCUCCACACUCGCGUCCAACGCCGUCGAAUUCGAGAAGGAGGUUGCACGCGCAUGCAAGGUGCUCGAGGUCAAGCUGUUCGUGCACUCGGAAUGGGGCUUGCCGAAUGUGGACCAUCCGGGGAGCAGGAAGGGAGAGGUGAAGAAGUAUCUCAAGGAGAUCAAGCAGCCUUGGGCGUAUUUCUACACAGGGGUGUUCAUCGAUUUGGUAUUUACACCGUUUGCGGGUUUCAAUUGGAAUGAGGGGAAAGUCAGCAUAGGCGGCUCGGGGAACGGACAAGUAUCGUGUACUGCUCGAACAGACAUCGCACGCUACGUCGCAUAUGUACUGAUCAACCUCCCCGUUGAGGAACUAGAAAACAAAGCCUUUAGGAUAGAGGGCGAGCGAACUACAUUCAACGCCCUGUUCUCCGCCUGGGAAUCGCGUACUGGGAGAAAGCUCCAGAUCACCCGCACACCACGAGAAGAGCUCGAAAAGCGCGCGUCGCACGAUUUCCACUCUCGCUUGUACCUCGCUAUCGAGGACGGUGACGGCGUGGUCGGCAGGCCGGAGGAGACGAAUUUGUAUUGGCCGGAAUGGACGCCGAAGACGGUUUUGCAGGUGGUGCUGGAUUGAGGUCAGAGCUCGCUGGGGAUGACAGAGUAAUAGGAGGGGAAAGGGGGGGGGGAGAGAGGAUACCUGCCGAGUCGAGAUGUAGAUAUGCAUGAUGUAUAGAACUGAAC